AUGUACGGUGGAAACUCUCCCUACGGAGAGAACGCGGGUCAGCUCGCGCAUUCAAAUGUUUGGCGAGACACUUCUGAAGAAGAAAGUUAUGGAAGCUAUUUGGGUCCAACUGCUCAUGGAGUUGGUAAUAAUGACAUUCCUAUGAUGCGUCCAACAAUGACGACUCGGCCUAGUGCUUCUGUACACCAAGACAUUGCUGUUGGUCAAUUGGACGAAUUAAGUGCCACUGGAGUUGGAACUAAAAAGACGUACACGGGUCGAAAAGUUGUGUGGCCUGGUGCACUCUUUCUUCUACUGGUAACGGCAGUGGCCCUCAGCCUCAUUGCCUACUUUGGCGUGCAAGAAUACAAUAGCGCCCAGACGCAACAAUCCCUCACGUUGGCAGCCACUGAAGUGGAUAGAGAGAGGAAGGUUAUGAGUGUCAAGAGCUGUCUACAGCCAGACUACGCAAGUGUAAAUGGCAAGAUUUAUGCUGUCGAUACCAACACGGGUGAUCGAAAACAAAUUGUUUUUACAGGCAUCAAUUGGAGUGGGAUGGAGAAUGCUGAAGGCGUUCCUCAUGGUCUUGCUACAAAACAGAGUUACUUGGAUGACAUUGCUGCUAAUCUUUCGGACAAUGGGUUUAAUGCCGUUCGUCUGCCACUAAAUGCUCAAAUGAUCAUCGACAACUCACCUCCAAACACGAGACUUUUUGUAAAUAGUCUUGACACGGAUCUCAACGUGGUUUCCUACAUUGACAUGAUUAAAAAAGUUGUUCAAGCUCUUGGAAAGCAGCAAAUUGGCGUCUUGCUCGAUAUUCAUAAAAUUAAUCCCAACUUUACAGACGAUACGUCUGAGCACUUGUGGUACACAGAUGAGUAUCCGAUUGAAACCAUCUAUCAAAUGUUUGAGACCUUAGCCUCCGAGCUUUGCGGUGAUCUUCAGUACAAUAUAUUUGGCAUUGAUCUUAAAAAUGAGCCUGUGGGGGGAUGUUGGCCUGAGUCUGAUACGGAUGAAUAUUGUGAUCCGGACGUGAAUUGGCCUCGUGCAGUAGAAGCAAUUGGUGACAGGAUUCUGUCCAUUUGCCCAAAUUGGCUCAUCGUUGCCGAGGGGAAUUAUGCAGUCAAUACUGUGGCUGAAAUUAAUGGCGUAAAUGUGACAUAUAACGAUUGGUACGGUGCUAGUCUCCAAAAUGUCACGGCCAACCCUGUUAUGCUUAUGACGCAAGGUAAACUUGCAUUUGCUCCACACUUUUACUCUCCUAGUGUGUACCCUUCCGCGUACUUUUUUAAGAAGCAAUCUUCAAGUGGAGCUACAGUUUCUGUAACGGAGUAUCCAAACACAACUGAAGGAAAUGCGUUACUAAAAGAUGCUGUGGUAUCUGUAUUGGACAAUGCAUUUGGAAACGCCGUAACGGAAGCUGGUGUACCUACGUUUUACGGAGAGUUUGGUGGUAUCUACGGAUCUGCAGAAUUGCUGGCAGAUCUCACAAGUACACGAGUUAUUGAGAUUAUUAUCGAAUAUGCCAACGAAAAAAACAUGACGGGAGGUUUUGCGUGGGCACUAAAUCCUGAUGGACAUUACGCUUUUAACGAUGAGUAUAAACCCGAUGAUCCGUGGCAAUACGGUCUGUACGCGAACGAUGCUUGGGAUUCUUAUCACCGAGACUUUUCCAUUGGCCUUCAAAACUUGAGAGGAACUGGUGCGUUUCCAUGCUUUGCCAAAUAUACGAGGGUAACGGAAUCAACCUCUGGUAGUGGAAGUGCUACUAUAUCGGUCGAUUCAAUCACAAGAAAUACACCAUCUUCUUCAAGGAAUGCGACGACCCCAACAGUUGCUGCUGUUACGGAUGAAGCCGAGCCGCUUCCACCAGCUGUACCCGCGACGCCUCCAGCAGCUGAAGCCGCGACGCCUCCAACGGCUGAAGCUGUGACGCCUCCAACGGAUGUGGCUCCAGCGCCUGCAACGGAAGCUACUCCAGCGGCUGCGGGUGUAACAGCUACUGCACUUUGA